AUGGCCGUUGCCAUCGGCGAGCAUGCCUUUUCGAGGGAGAAGAACUACGAGUACCCGGAAGCCUUGAUUGUCUGUAACAGCACCUUCGGAAACUCGUCCUACCGCAUUCACGCGGGCGACUUCACGUGCGAACACUUUGGCCUCUGCAGCUGUCCUCGCAUGCGCGCCGAGCCCGAUAUAGCAGGGAGAGGAGUCAUCGCGGCAUUCGUAGUAACGGCCUUCUUAACUCUCCUCACUACUGUAUUCUGCCUCGUCGUGGGCCGAACCUCCGAGGACCGCCAAACGCUGAACCCGAUCGACCGCUUCGCCCGACGACAUGUCUCCGAACCCGUGCGGAACUUCAUGUUACGCCGCAACAUGAACCCGAACCUGCAGGCGCUCGUCGCCUACGACCUCGUCAACACCCUCAGCGAUCUCCAGCUCGUCACCGGCGUGGCCAUCCUCAUCGCCGGGAUGAAACAGCUCGUCGACGGCUCCAUCUCGACGUACCACUUCAUGAUCGUCACCGACCUCGCGUGGUUCUGCAGCAACACGCACCUCUUCUCGCUCCUCGUCAUCACGAGCAUGCACGACAGCGUCAAGCGCACGAGUCCGGACCGGUAUAACCCGCAGAACAUGGUUCUGGCGCGGCGGCUGGCGAGGGCGCUGCGGAUCUUCCUCAUGGCGGUGACCGUCGUGCUCCUGCUCUACGCGCUGUACGUCGGCGGAUACGAGUACGUUUACGAAGAGGGGCAGUUCAGGUGUCCGAUGAAGUGCGCGUUGGGACUGCCGAAGGGCGGCACACCGGCCGAUCUCAUGAUUACGAACAUGACGCUGAUGGGAUACUUUUACGGGACGAGGAUAUUCAUGAGCUGGCGCACCGGCCGGAUGUUCUGGAUGGAUCGCGUCCGGGGGUACUUGCUGGACAACCAGAGCCAGCCCGUCAACGUGUUGAAGCCGGAGGCGGUCUUCAGGAGAUGGUCGGAGAACAGGUUGUGGAGGUGGAUCAAGACGGUUCUCAGGUGGACGUGGUAUUUCUUCGCGUCGGAGGCCGAGACGGUGGUGGGACUGACGGCGUAUUUCUUGUUCGGCAUCCAGUCCAUCGUCGAGGACCGUCACAUAGGUCACAAAGAGAUGGAGGAGGAUACUUCUCACGACGAGAACAGCCUGGCGUUCAGCCAGCUUGUGCCCAUCUUCCUGCUCAUCAUCCCCUUCAUGGGGUUGUUCGAGUCGUACGCGAGGCACUCCAGGGCGGAUUGCGAGCGGAGGAUGAAAGAGCUGGACGACCUCGGGGCCUCGGAUGGACCUUGA